AAAACCGAGUUGGCAGCCCACUGUCCCAAAAAGAAAACUAUGAGCAAGGAGUCUGGAGUGGUGGGCUCCAAGAAAUGGGCAAUUGUAGCCGCCGGUGUGGGCCUGGUUUACGUCCUGGUACGUCACAGGCAGAAGCUGCUGAUUCCACUGCGUCGAAUAUGGCCAACAGACAGUUUGCUGCCCCAUCGGCGCAUAGAAAUCAUAAAUUCCGCUCAGGAUCCGGCCACGCAAUGGGUUAUCAAUGAACUGAAACAACACUGCCAGAGCUUCAAGGUCUUGGGAUUCGACUGCGAAUGGAUCACGGUUGGCGGCAGCCGGCGCCCGGUGGCCCUCCUCCAGCUCAGCUCCCAUCGGGGUCUGUGCGCCCUGUUCCGCCUGUGCCACAUGAAGCAGAUACCCAAGGACCUGCGGGAGUUGCUAGAGGAUGACGCUGUCAUCAAGGUGGGCGUGGCCCCGCAGGAGGACGCCGUGAAGCUGUCCCACGACUAUGGAGUUGGCGUGGCCAGCACCCUGGAUUUGCGCUUCCUGUGCGUCAUGGCGGGUCACAAGCCCGAGGGCCUGGGAAAGCUGUCGCAGACACACCUGAACUAUACUCUGGACAAGAACUGGCGCCUGGCUUGCUCCAACUGGGAGGCCAAGCAACUGGAGCCUGCUCAACUGAAUUAUGCCGCCAACGAUGCCCUGGUGGCCGUGGCCAUUUAUCAAAAGCUCUCGAGGGAUCUGGAACCAAGAAACUUCUGGGAUCGCCGAUCGCUGGACGCCCAAAAGCUGCACAACAAGUUCGAACCCUUCCUGGACGUGGACUUCACCAAGGGCUUCUCUCUCAGCCUCACCGGCAACGGAGUCACCCGCACGAAAAACGCAGGAGCCUCCAAGUCGAAGAAACUGCUGCCCAAGAAGCAGCCAUGCCGAACCAUGACCACCCAGUCGAAGACCUUCUACGACAACUGCCUGCUCCAGGCGCCAGAUGGCGAACUCCUGUGCACCAUUGACAGACGCAAGGCGUCCUGGUAUUUGGAUCAAAAUCUGGGCACUCGGAUCAGCGAGGAGCCCUUCACAGUGCGCCUGAAUUUUGAGCCAGCGGGUCGAGCGGUGGGUGAUGUGGGUCGCUACUAUCAGACGCCCAAGGAGAACCAGUGCGUCGUUUGCGGCGAUCGGGAUGCGUAUAUACGGAAGAAUGUGGUGCCAAGGGAGUACAGAAAGCACUUUCCGCUGGUCAUGAAGUCACACACCUCACAUGACGUGCUGCUUUUGUGCCCCACCUGCCACCAGUUGAGCAAUAUCUCAGAUCUGCGGAUACGCACAAAGCUGGCUGUCCAGUGUGAGGCUCCUUUCAAGAAUGGAGAAGGACACGAGAAGUAUCGAAUUGAUCCGGAGCUGCGACGCGUCCAAUCCGCUGGCAAUGCUCUCCUCCAACACGGCUCGAAAAUACCCGCUGCAAAGGUGGCUGAAAUGCGUAGAACCCUUCUCGACUUCUACGCGGACCAAACAGAGAUAACAGAGGAGCUGCUGCGGCAGGCGGCCAGCGUGGAAUACCGCGUGGAGAAUACAGACUAUUGCCAGCAUGGAGAGCGGGUGGUGGAACGCUACCGCCAGCAAUUCGGCGGUCUGGUGGAGCUGGAGCGACUGUGGAGAGAGCACUUCCUGCACGCCAUGCAGCCACGCUUUCUGCCCGAUCUGUGGAAUGUCAACCACAAUGCCGACCGCCUGGAGGUGCGAGCCAGCGAGGGACGCGUGGACGAAGCCGAUCUGCAGGUGGCAGGAGUGGAUGUGAGACCCAAGGUCGAAUGAUCAUGUGUCUUUGUUGAGUUUAUGCCAAGGGCUUUGUACGUUUUUUUAAUUCAAUUUCAUUAAACAUAAACUAAAAUUUGA